AUGCAGCAGCCAACCUCCGAGCGCCCCGACGACAACGAGCGUCCCGACAACAACGAGCGCCCCGACGUUGAGCCCGCGCAUUGGGUCCAUGUGGCCCGCUGGGCGUCGCGCGACCUUGCCCUCCAAGGAGCCCACGACCAAGCCUUGGAGCUCGGCUACGAGUUGCGCUGGAAGCACUCGAGCAAGACGCACACGAUGCUCAUCUGCGUCUCGCACUUCAAAUGCCCUCACCGUGUUCGCGUCAAGGACAAGGGCCCCGAGGAUGGCUUCGUUGUCGAGUGCCGGGACAACCACGGGCUUAUCGCGCUCAACAAGGACGGUUACGCCGUCGACCAAGACCAAGGACUCGCUUCUAGCGCGACCAGUGCCACGAUUGAAGCCAUGCCUCUCCUGAACACGCGCAUUUGCUCGAGUGACAACCAUGAUGACGGGCCGGUGCCUACGCUCGACAUGAUGCGCACGAAGUGUGACGGCUACAUCCCGUCGGAGAUGAUCGACGCUGCAGCGCGGAUCCUCUCGAACAAGUUCAACUACCUCGUGCGCCGACACGGCGGCACGGUCACGGGAAUUGUGGUGAACGCCAGCAAGUACCAGUUCGGUCCAAGCGCCCGCAAUCCAACGCGGAUCACGCUUAAAGAGGCUGACACAUACAUGCGGAGCAUUAUCGGCAACCUUGGCGGCAUCGCGACGGUGGAUGAGCUCGAGAUCAACUUUCUCUCGAAGCACCACGUCCGCAUCAACGCUGACAUCGAAGUUGAGCGGGCCGAGGCGCGCGUUAUUUGGACGCCGGACCAGGCCGAUCUCGUUGCCGAGAAGUACCAGUGCGACUGCAAGGGCUCGUUCACCACGGGUUGGAUUUGCUCGCACUCGGUCGCUGUCCAAAGCAUCAUGGACGACCUCGACACGAAGGCUUUACUUGCCGAAGUCGCUCCCCGUCGUCACCCCGGUGCCCAGCGCAAGGCGCUACACCCAACUUUUGCGGACGGGACCCUCAACCCGUUCUUUUCGGUUGCCAACAUGGUCGCGCUCCUCGUCGACAAGCCAGGCUACUGCUACAACUGA